AGCCCAACCCACCAAUCCGCGCACCGCCAAAGCCCGAACCAUCCGUCCCCCUCCGGCGCCGACCCACCACCGUCGCUCGCCAUGGAGCCCGCGGAGAUGGACCGCAUCGCCGCCCGGCUCUCCGCCGUGGAUGGCCUCUACUUCCCCACGGCCUUCCUCCGCGCCUCGCCGCCGCCGCCGGCGCGCAAGUCGGCCCUCCUCGACCUCCUCUCCCGCGACGCCCCGCUCUUCCUCGAGCGGUACGGCGCCGCGCUGCGCCCGGACGAGCUGGCCCCCUUCGACGCGCUCCGGGACGACUACGAGGUGGGGUGGCACCUCCGCCGCGUCCGCGCCGCGGCCGCCGGGGAGACCCCCGCCCCCGCGCGCGUGCGCAACCGGCGCCGCGCCUACCUCCACCGCCUGGUGACCCAGGGGGACUACUUCUCCGAGGAGGCGAUGCGGGAGCGGGAGCCGUACCUGCACCACGAGUACCUCGGCAGGUUCCAGGACCCCUUCGGGCGGGCCAUGGUGCGGCCCGGGGAGAAGUUCUCCGAGACGCUGAUGCGGCGGGCAGAGGAGGCCGUCAUCGUGGAGAAGAUCCGCGGGGAGCAGAUCAGGAGGGGUGUUGACCCCAGCGAGUGGGUCGGCGGUCCCGUUGAGCGACCGGUGAUGGGGCAGGAGGAGGAGGAGGAGGAGGAGGAGGAGGAGGAGGAAGAGGAAGAGGAAGAAGAGGAUGAAGAGAACAUCGGCAUGGAGGAGAACACCGAGAAUCUUAGUUCGACUGAGGUGGUUGCACACGACGAUAACGGUGGUUGCCCCAACGAGACUGCAGCCCCCCCUGCAGGGACUUUCAAGCCAAUAUUAUCCCCUGAGGAGAUGGAGGAUCAGCUGGAGCAGUUCACCUCGGUGAUGCAGGAGAAGUUCCUGUCAGGCCAGGACUCGGAGCACAUGGAUUACCCCCAGAUCGACAACGACGAGAUGCUGGACGACCACUGGUCCAGGGAGGCCAACUACGACGCAGAGGACAAGUACUUCAACGAAGAUUAGGACGGUCGAGAACGUAGUCUGCUGCUAUUUAAGUUGCAAUACUCGGUAAGUUGGGGUCAGCCAUGUUUGUUUCUCGGCGGAGUUUGAUACUUUUCAGUCUUGGUUUCACCCUUCGUGCUGUUAGUUUCUCCUUGUCAAAAUGUAGGUCAAGUGCUCCUCCAUGAGCUGAAGGUUGCAUGUAGCAGUAUGAGGGCAAACACCACGUUGUAGUGCCGCUCCACCUGCAGCAGGCUGAACCUGGACACCGGCAACACCUCCAAUAUAGUACUUCCUCCAUUCGGAAUUACUUGUCACAGAAAUGAAUGUAUUUAGACGUAUUUUAGUUUUAGAUACAUCCAUUUCCGAAACAAAUAAUUCCGAACGGAGGGAGUAGUAUGAUUAGGACACAACUUACACACGUGAGGGAGGUGCGACGAGCUCUACGAAGGGUAAUAUACGGGUUAUGGAGCUGCUGCAUUUUUGACCUUUCUCCGCAUCGUUCUCAGUGGAGCUUUGGUUUGAUACCUUGGCGGUGCUUUUUGUCCGCGUCACGCGUCAUUUCUCCCCCCUCUUGUGUUGCAGUCUUACUUCACUUUCUUUCUUUCUUUCUUUCUUCAGCGCCGGCAAGCAUUCCACACCGUUUACCGUUUGAGUCCCCGUGUUAUGCUUGGGCACGUUGUGCUAUGACCUCACUGCCCGUGUGCUGGACCAAGACAUGGCUUUCAUUGUACAGUAUAAAUAAAGCUUGCUUAAGCAUGCUGCAUUGCUGCA